CAGGUGAUGGCGCUAGUACACCCAUAACAAGAAAACAUGCCAGUUAAUAGUGCUGAGGAAGACAAGGCAGUUACGAAAAGGAAGUAGUGAUUGCUUACGACAUUUCCAGCGAGGUAAAAACACAAAACAUGGACUCCCUCAAAAGACUGGAAAUCUACAUCCCAGUGGAGGCUGAGGUGAAGAGCAUCCCUCUGUGGAGCUUACCUUCCUCAGUGCUCAGAAGAAUGGGCCUCACCCCAGGUGACUCCAAGAAGAUGAGUGGUUCACCAGAAGGCAUCUGGAUCAGUCCAGCAGUCAUACGCAGGAAAGGGGAGAAACAGCAAACAGGGAUUGUCCCGGCAGAGAGCUUUUCUUCGCUGCUCAGCUCAGAACGCCAAAGAGAACAGGAUCCAGUUCGAAUGUCCUUUGUCUCCUCCCAGAAAGCAGCUUACAAAGUGCUGAAGAAUAUUUCCAGUGAGAAGACUUCCUGCACGUACAGGUCUCGCAGUAGCCCACUUCCUCAGGGUUCACCUAAGCAAUUCUACCAGAAUGCAAUUGUGAUCUACAAGGGCUGCAUUUAUCUGUCCAUCAGGAGAAAGAAACAUAGCAAGAAAAAAAACAAGUGUGACUCACAGCUAGGUGAUGGCUCCUCCGUUUCUUCAACGUCAUCUGUAAAUCAAAACACGGUGCCGCACCAUGAAAACCCACUUCAGAAACAACGCAUCUCUUGUAAAGUUCCCCACAGCAAAAAGAACAAGGACAACACCAGUGUGUCUCCAUCUGAGACCACCUGCCCUGGCUCCAAGUCCCCUGAUAAAAAACUCAACCUGGAACGCAUCCAUUACCAGAAUAUUGGAAAACCAAAAACAGCACUGGGUCCACCUGUCUUGGAGUCAUUCCGGGUUGAGCCUAUAGAGGGCAGCAGUGACCCUGGUGAAUAUAAUGUGCAGGAGCUGAGUGCUGGAGAAGCUGAGAGCCAGGGUGACAUGUCCGUAGGCUGUGCGGAGGUGUCCCACAGCUCGAACACCAGCAGAGGUUCACUGAUCACUUCACUGGUGAAGGACUGUGACUUUGACGAGCUGGUACAGGAGGAGAAGAUCGCCCUGAUGAAGGCCAGACUGAGAGAGAAUGAAGCUGCUCUCAACAGCUUAUAGCCAUCACAACUCAAGUACUCAAGUACAGUACUGAGUACUGGUGUAGCAGUUAUCACGCCUGCCUUACACAUCUGCCUUAUACUCAGAAUGUACUGGGUUCAAUCCCCUGCGGUAACGCAUACUUAGUGGAAACGAAAACGCAGUCUGUGUGAGUUGCAAAGACACACCGUGAAUUUCCCCAUUAUUGGAAGAUUAAUUAAACUUUGAGGAAUUCUAGUAUAUUAAUUAAAUUUCUAAAUACUGUGGUGCUGCCACACAGGAACAUUGUGUGCUGAUACCUUAGUCCACAUGUGUCAAACUCCUGGCCUGGGGGGCAAAUCUAUAUAUAUUAUAUAUAUAUAGAUAUAAUCCCCUAUAUAUUAGCAGAAUUUGUAGUAUUAUGCACUAUGUCACAGCACAUUUUGUUUUGUUUUUUGUCUUUGGCCUCGGAAAAAAAGAUUUACGUUAAAAAAGGAACUCGAAAGGAUAAAGAUAGAGAGACAUAAUAAGGACCAAAUACCACUGAUGUGUGUCUCAUUUCAAAGUUAAUUUCUUAUGUGUUUUAUAAUAUUAAGCUUUUCUUCUGUAUCUGUCCAAUGGAGUCUGGGACAAUAAACCCUUAACAUUGA